UAUUAUCAAUGGCUUUGCUUUACCUCUUAAGGCAGAACACAAACAGUUUCUGGUGAAAGUGUUGAUCCCUUUACACACUGUCAGGAGCUUAUCACUCUUCCACGCGCAGCUGGCAUAUUGUAUAGUUCAGUUUCUGGAGAAAGAUCCUUCCCUCACAGAACCAGUUAUUAGAGGGUUAAUGAAAUUUUGGCCCAAAACAUGUAGUCAAAAAGAGGUAAUGUUCCUUGGGGAGCUGGAAGAAAUAUUGGAUGUGAUUGAGCCUUCACAAUUUGUUAAAAUUCAGGAACCUUUGUUUAAACAAAUUGCCAAGUGUGUAUCUAGCCCUCAUUUUCAG